UUGAAAGCACGUGAUGAGCGAACGAAGACGCGUUAAGUUUUGAAAAGCAUUGAAAAGCGUUUUCAGUGUCUGUUCAGAUAGUGAGUCUGUUCAGAUAGUGAGUCUCUUCACCUCACAAGAAACUUUGCUAAAUUCUGUGCUCGUUACGAGCUAACAAGUAACAACCUGGCUGUUAAAAUGGCUCCCUCGGAACUCGCACUGCUGAGUGUGUCCGAUAAAAGUGGAUUACUGGAGUUUGCCAAAAAGCUCGUGGACGUGGGUUUGGGCCUGGUCGCAUCAGGUGGGACAGCCAAAGCCCUGCGGGAUGCUGGACUGACCGUCAGGGAUGUGUCUGAUCUUACUGGGCACCCUGAGAUGCUGGGAGGCCGGGUAAAGACCCUUCAUCCCGCAGUCCACGGUGGCAUCCUUGCCAGAAAGAUGGCCAGUGACACUGCAGAUAUGGACAAGAUGGGCUACAGCCUGGUCAGGGUGGUCGUGUGCAACCUGUACCCAUUUGUCAAAACUAUCUCCAACCCGGAUGUUAAAGUCGAAGACGCUGUGGAGCAGAUUGACAUUGGUGGUGUAACUUUGCUGAGGGCAGCAGCAAAGAAUCACGCACGGGUCACAAUUGUGUGUGACCCUGCUGACUAUUCACUAGUUGCUACGGAGAUGGAGAGCUCUGAAGACAAGGAUACCACCGUGGAAACACGCCGGACUCUGGCUCUCAAAGCUUUCACUCACACGGCCCAGUACGAUGACGCUAUCUCGGAUUACUUCCGCGGACAGUACGGCCGUGGCGUUUCCCAGUUGCCCCUGCGUUACGGCAUGAACCCGCACCAAGCCCCCGCCCAGCUCUACACGCUGCACGCUGCCCUGCCCCUCAAAGUGGUCAACGGUUCUCCUGGCUUCAUCAACUUGUGUGAUGCUCUAAACGCGUGGCAGCUUGUCCGCGAACUGAGGAGCACCGUUGGCGUGGCCGCCGCCGCCUCCUUCAAGCAUGUUAGCCCAGCCGGAGCUGCCGUAGGAGUUCCUCUGACUGAGGAGGAGGCCAAGGUGUGCAUGGUGCACGACAUGUUCAAGGAUCUCAGCCCGUUGGCCACCGCCUAUGCCAGGGCAAGAGGUUCUGACCGGAUGUCUUCUUUUGGAGACUUCAUUGCUGUCUCUGAUGUGUGUGACGUUCCUACUGCCAAAAUUAUAUCAAGAGAGGUGUCUGAUGGGAUAAUUGCGCCAGGUUAUGAUGAGGAAGCACUCAGGAUUCUGUCUAAAAAGAAAAAUGGAAAUUACUGCGUGCUUCAGAUGGACCCCAACUACGAGCCUGAUGACACUGAGGUGCGAGUGUUGUUUGGCCUCUACCUCAAACAGAAAAGGAACAGCGCGGUCAUCAAUCAGGAAUUCUUCAGCAACAUCGUGUCCAAGGGCUCGCUGUCUGAGGCAGCUGUGCGAGAUCUCACGGUAGCCACCAUCGCUGUCAAGUACACUCAGUCCAACUCUGUUUGCUACGCCAAAGACGGACAGGUGAUUGGGAUUGGUGCGGGGCAGCAAUCUCGGAUCCACUGCACCAGACUGGCGGGUGACAAAGCUGAUAACUGGUGGCUCAGGCACCACCCUCGUGUGCUGAGCAUGAAGUUCCGCAGUGGCGUCAAGCGAGCGGAGAUGGCAAAUGCCAUUGACCAGUAUGUCACCGACACCAUUGGAGAGGGUCCGGAUUCGACCGUUUGGAAAGCAAUGUACGAGGAAGUUCCUGAGCUUCUGUCGGAGGUUGAAAAGAAAAGCUGGAUCAGCUCCCUGCAGGCGGUGGCUGUCAGCUCUGAUGCCUUCUUCCCCUUCCGCGAUAACAUCGACCGGGCCAAACGGAGCGGUGUCGAGUACAUCGCGGCACCAUCAGGUUCGGCUGCAGACCAAGUUGUGAUCAACGCCUGCAACGAGCAGGGCAUCACUCUGGUGCACACCAACCGCCGACUGUUCCACCACUGAGCACUUAACUCGACUGUAUUGAAGUGGCACCUUUAGUCUGUUACUGAAGAUAUUGGAAGCAUUCCACCUUAAUGUUGCAUUACUUGUGGUUUUCAAACACGUUAAAUGCAUUCCUGGAUUGUGAAACUCAGAGAGGUUCAUAUUGUCGCUCACUGGCUAUUACCGGUAGUUGUAAUAAACCUUUGAGAUCUUUCAA